AUGCUUGCUGUACGGACAGGAGUCGCGGCCGCCGUCCGUCUGGCCAGACUCUCCACUGCGGCCACGGCCGCGAGCGACUCGCCGCAUGCGCUCCCGCUUGCCGAGCUCGCCGACGACCAUCGGGCCUGGCUGGCACGAUCGGACGAGUUCCGCGACCUCUCGCCGCAAGUUCACUCGGCGGUCGGCAUCCUGCUCUGCGAAAAGGCGUCUGCGCCGCACCUCCUGCUCCUGCAUCGCGCCGCCCACAUGCGCUCGCAUCCGAACCAGCUCUCGCUCGUCGGUGGCCGCCGCGACAACGAGGACGCGUCUCUGGCAGAGACACUUGUGCGCGAAGCCGAGGAAGAGAUCGGCGUUAUCCGCGGCGGCGAGCACGCCCUGCGCCUCCACGGCGCGCUCCCAGUCGUCUACCCGUCGCUGGCCGGCCUCGCCGUCGGUGUCUUUGCCGGUUCGCUCCAUCACGGCGACUGGAACGUUGCCGCCGACGAGUCGCAAGCUUUGCUCGAAAUCCCGCUCGCAGAUCUGGUUCGUCCGGACGCUAUGGUCGUCGAGAGCAUCCAGGGCUACCCCGGCCCUGUGUGGCACCUGGGCAUCGACGGUGUGGACGUCCCGCUGUGGGGCCUCACUGCUCGCAUCCUCUAUGACUACUUUGUCCUUCUCGACCCCGCUGGCGCCACGACAAAGAUGAUGGCUGAGACCGAAGCCAAGGCCGGAUACUGA